AUGUACUUAUCCCACACAAAAGCGCUUCCUGUAUCCCGGGCUCAGGCAGCCGGGCUUGACAGGGAUUACCAGGGCAUGCCAUGCCAUGCCAUGCCGUGCCGCAUCGGCUGUGACGACUUGGCGCAGAACACGGAGAAGAAUUCCAUGUGGGUAAAAGUAGAUACGGCUGCCGUGCGCGCACGCGUGCCUUUUUGCUGGGCAUUUGCGCAACUGGGUGUGUGUACUGGCAUGGGUCUGGGAUGGGGAGCGUGGUGUCGCCGUCUUGCCGCGUUGCUGCCGGGCGGAGCUGAGGGUUUGGUUAUGGGUAUGGGUGUCGGUGUCGGUGUCGGUGUGGAUGGGGAUGGGAAAGGGGAUGGGAAUGGGAACGGAAGGGAUUUGGAGCGUGGUGGACUGGGAGUCUCCGCGACUGCAUCUGCAUCUGCGUCGUCUGAUUGUACAUUAGAUGGUAAUGCGCCCAGGACCUCAAUCACUUCUCCAUCAACACCACACACACCCCACCACCACCACCACCACGAUGAGAACCCCGCGCCAAACUACGCACCACCACCAUCACCACCACCACCCGCUCUGCCCCUCUGGCACGCAGCCGGGGAAAAACUCCCCGCCCCGCUUGUGCGGCUGGUGAACAAGACGACGCGCUGGAUGCGAGGCCCCGAGCCGCCGCGCAGACAUCGCCUUGUGCCGUUCAAGGCACGUGUGCAGACCGCGCCGCGAGACUUUUUGCAUGGGCUCUGGUGGGGGUGGCGGUGGGUGUUGUUUGGGCUGGCGUGUUUGGGCUGGUGUGUGGGAUUUGGGGUUCUAGUGGGCGAGGAUGAGGAUGCUGCUGGUGUUGGGGGAUUGGGGGUGGUGAGGUUGGGGUGUGUGGAUAGUUUGUGGUAUGUUGUCAGUCAAGAUGCAUCCCCCCAUUCCCACAUCAAUCUACAGCGAAGUGUACUAAUCGUUCAUCUCGAGAUAAACAGGUCGUCGGCGGAAUACUGUGGCCUUGACGGACGCAAUUGUCUCCCUUUUGAUAAUGCCUCGUUUGCCUUUUCCUGCCCGGCCAACUGCGCGAGCGCCAUGGUGCUGAAUCCCCGGACGGUGGGUAAUCAGAGUUACAACUACCGCUCGCUUGUCAUCGGAGGCCCUUUCUCGCCCGACCCAAAUGAUGCCAGUGCCAGUGUGAGUAGCACGUCGUGGAGAUAUCGCGGCGAUUCCUUCAUCUGCGGCGCCGCCAUACACUGGGGCUCCGACAUCAGCGAUAAAAAAGGUGGAUGUGGCGUGCUCACGCUCAAGGGGGCUCAAAUAGGCUUUGCCUCCAGUCUCCGCAACGGUAUCCGCUCAAUCCCGUUUUAUGGCGAGUUCCCCAUGAGCUUCGAGUUCAGUGGGAUGAGUGGGGGUGGGUGUGAGGAUCCGCGGUGGAAGUUGCUCGCCCUGUCCGUGACGAUGACAGUGCUGUUUGGCGUCUUCACCACUCGUCCUGCGACCUUCUUCGCCCCGCUGUUUACCAUCUUGUUCUUCCAGGUGGGCAUGGCUUCCGAUCCCCCGGCGUACACGACACGUGCGGAUCUGGCUUCGACGGCCCUGGGACGGUUCCUGCCCGCGGCUUUGAUCGCAGUGGUCAUGUAUCGCAUCAGCAUCGCCCGCGCGCUCAAGGGCUGCACCGCACACCUGGAAAAGACGAUCCUCUGGGUCGGAGGCGCAUGGGUGGGCGCCCUGAGCAACUACACCUUCGACCAGAUACCCAUCCAGCGGCUCACCGGCCACGACCUGCGCCAACAACCCGGCGCCAUCGCCGCCCUCGUCAUCAUCGUCCUCAUCCUCUUCCUCGUCGCAAUCUACCAGGCCUGGUGCUUCCGAUUAGAAGGCCGGCUCCCGCACUACCUCGCCAUCUACGCCUGCCUAGGCGUCAGCCUCGCCAUCCUCGCCGCACUCCCCCAUCUCCACCUCCGCAUCCACCACUACAUCCUCGCCCUGCUUCUCCUCCCCGGCACAGCCAUGCAGACCCGAAUCAGCCUGCUGUGCCAGGGCCUACUCGUCGGUCUAUUCAUCAACGGCGUCGCACGCUGGGGUUUCGCGCCCAUCCUCGAGACGGCAGCGGCGCUGCGUGCCGACGCCCAACUCGGCUCCGCACUCCCGACCAUCAUGCCCCCCGUCCUCGACCCGGCCUCCAUCUCCUUCACCUGGGACACGCCGGCCGCGGGCUGGGACGGCGUCAGUGUGCUCGUCAACGAUGUCCAGCGCUACCUUGGCAACUCCGGUUUCACCUGGUACCGCAAUUCCAGCACCGUGGAUGGCCCAACGGCGGCUUUGCUGCGCGCUCAACCCGGUGUUGAAGUUGGCACGGCGUUUCGCUUUGGGUUCUUUAGAUAUCUUCCGUUUGGCAACAUGGCGUUUGGGGAUUAUACGCGCGCGGGCGUUUGGUUUGCUAAUGGUUCGUGGUCUGAGAUUCCUCUGGGUCGCACUUGA